CGGAAUCUAAGCACUGGUGCUCUUUCAAGUUAACACAAAUCAACAACCUCAUCCCCUCGAUUCCCUUCUUCUUGUUUUCUCCUUCUGCUCUUCACGUCUUCGCUGCCGCCCACUCGGCCUCACUGUUCUUCUACUCUCCUCUUUCCCUCUUGGACCUUGAUGUUGCCUCCUCUUCCUCUAUCUCCUUCUCGGAUGUAGUUUCUUCUCUCUCCUUCCGUCUCGACAGACUACUCCCGGCCACCGCCAACCUUUCCAGUUUAGUGCAAGUAUUCGAUGUUAAAACUCUGUCCAGCUAGCGGUGAUGAUACAAUCGUUAACUACUGGGAUGUGGCCGGGGGAAGUGUGGUUCUGGAUUUGGUGGGUCAUAAGGAUUAUGUGGGGUGUGGUGACUGGAGUCCUGUUAGUGGUGAUAUGUUUGUUAUGGAUUCUUACGAUCAUACUGUGAAGGUUUGGGAUGUGAGAGUGGAGAAUUCAAGGUCUGUUUUGGAGUUGAACCAUGGCAAGCCAGUGGAGGAUGUGAUUUAUCUUCCUUUUGGUGGGUUGAUUGCAAUUUCCGGAGGCAAUUUUGUGAAGAUAUGGGAUUUGAUUCGAGGAGGGAGGAUGGCGUAGUGUAUGGAGAGUCACAACAGGGGUGGGAGCCACAAUGCGCGGAUGGCAAAAAAAAAGAUUAAAAAAGGCCCAAACGUUAUGGUUCGUUUGCACUUAAACCCAGUGGCAGAGCCACUUGUACCCCAGGGGCGGUGGUCCUUAGGAU